UUUAAGACUUCCUUUGUUUAUUCCUUGCUGACAUUGCUUUGUAAUUAUAAUUCAUGGUAUGAUUAGUAUGCGUAGAAAUUUCUGGAACGUUCGAUGGUAAUCUCGCAAGUAUGAUGUAAUCACGGUAGGUAUUUUUGUAAAGUUACGUAAUAAUAAGUAGGAGUAUAAAUAGAGGCUGUGUGCCCGUGAAGGGGAAUUCUUUUCUUAGUGGUGGUUAGAGAGUAGAGUUGUAAUGAUUUUAGUGAUUAUAUCGGCGUGGUAAAAUUAAAAAGGUCUAUUUCUUGCUUCGUGGACUGUUCAUGUAGUUGUUGCGUUCGAAGCAAUAUUGAGUUCACGACAUUUUGGUACCAGAAGUGGGGUCAUUUAUCGCCGAGGAAAAAUACUUCGGUAGGCGAGGAUCACGUAAGUGGAGUAAAAACUGUUUAAUUUGGUUUGAAAUACUGUAGUGUGUUGGAAUAGUACCAUGGCAGCCGAAGGAAGACGAGGGAAAAGGCAGGAAGAAGCCCAGCAUACAAGCGAAGAACGAGGGGAAAGUGGAGCAGUUUUAGAAAUACUUAAAUGGAUGACAGAAAAAGAAGAAAAAGAGCGCCUCUAUAGAGAGGAGCAGGAUCGAAAGAGAGACGAGCAGUUUAUGCAACUAAUAGCCACACUUGGAAAAAAGCAAUCCGACAUAGAAGAGCAAGUAAAAGCACAAGAGGCGCAGCGAAAACAAGAGGAGAAGGCCCAGUUGGAGAAAAUUAUUCGUCUUCAGAAUGAAGAGCGGGAAGCCAGAGAGCGAGAAAGGGAGUAAGAAAUUAAAGCAAGAGAACUGGAAAAGGUAAAUCGUGAGCGAGAGAAAGAGGAAAGGUUGGCCAGAGAGGAGGAAAGAAGACUUGCGUGGGAAGCACAAGCUGACAACGAGAGAAGGCAAUUUUUAGAGAAAUUCGCAGAACUCAAUUUAUCCAGCCAGGGACAAGAACCAAUGAUAAACGUCGGGAAGCCUGCUCUUAAAAAGCUCUGUGAAGAUGACGAUAUAGAGCAUUUUCUCACCACAUUCGAGCGUGUAGCGGAAACAUACGGAUGGAAAGCAGAGGUUUGGUCGGUGAAAUUAGCACCAUUGCUAUCUGGAAAAGCACAAGCCGCGUAUGCCAACAUGGACCCAGAGAAGUCUCGCAUUUACGAAAAAGUGAAAAAAGCCAUUUUGAGGAGGUACGAUAUUAAUGAAGAAACCUAUUGUCAGAGAUUUCGAGCCACAAGGAAAAGGAACGAGAAGAGUUGCACUGAACUGGAGGUGAAACUGCGUGAUCUAUACUGCAAGUGGGUACAUCCCUCUACAAGUACAAAGGAGCAGAUUUCCAAUGCUAUCAUAAUGGAGCAGCUACUAAGUUCUCUGCCAUUAGAGCUACAAAUUUGGAUCAGAGAGCGAAAGCCUACAAAAUCAGAAGAAGUUGCCAUAUUGGCUGACGAUUACCUGUUAGGACGAAAGGCCACAAUCAGGGUACAGGGUACCCAAGAAAUUAGAUGUCAUGGUUGUAAAAAGACUGGCCAUAUUUUAAAGAACUGCCCUGUACCAAAACAAACAGAUACGACGGUACCAGUAGGCAAAAGAAAGCCUGAAAACGAUACAAUACAACAUACACCUACAAGGAGCUCGACAAUUCAGUGUUUUAAGUGUGGGAGACCAGGACACAUUGCUCUGCAUUGUCCGUCAAAUCAGGCCAACAACAACAACAAAAGAGGGAGACAUACGGGAUAUUAUGUUAAACAUAAAGACAAGUUGAUCAGAUCAGCACAACCAUUUGACUUUGGAGAGCAUUCAGUUGGUAAAAUUCUAAAGGCUUUCAGCUGCAGGGGGGAAAUAGAAGGGAGACCGGUAGACAUUCUUGUCGACACUGGCUGUUCAAGGACACUUGUGCACAAAGACUUGAUACCAGAAGGCAAAGUCAAUGAGGAAACCAGAGUUGCUAUACAAUGCGCACAUGGUGAUUAUGUCAGCUACCAUACUGCCGAAGUCAGCAUAAAGAUUCAAGACAAAGUGUUCUUGCAAAGGGUUGUGGUGUCUCCGAAACUUCCAAGACCGGUUCUGUGACAUUAUCUUCUUGAUUGUUCUGGUUGAAGUACUGGUAUUAGGAAUGAACAAAGCGAAUGGCCUAUUCUGAAAGAAGAUAAGUAUUGAGCGAUAGCAGUGUGGAUUGUUUGCCUGCCAGCAGUAGCUCAAGCAGUACUCACCUUAUUGCGGCGAUCAACCCCGAAUGGAUCUGCAUUCUUUGCUUCAAGGAAUUAACUGCCAAUGGCAAUAGAAACUUAGUUGAGGGUAAGGGUACAUUCAAUGCUAUUGCAAAAAUCAAUUUACUGCCUUUUAUUGUUAACAGAGUUGUAGCUUCUCCCUAUAUCUGCAAGAAGUGCCUUGGAAACUUAAAGAAAAGGAAUGCUUGCAGUGCAAAACUUGUUGCUCUCGAUGAGGAAUUUGAGCAGGAUUAUAGAAAAGUCUGUUUCAAAAACCAAAUUCCAGUGAAAUCAAAGUCGUCUUCAGUUAUCAUAAAAAAGACCUAUGUCAGCUCUGUUGAUGUAGAUAUUGAAGAAAAUGAAUUUCAAGGGGAUCAACAUCGAAAACCUGGUUGUGUCAGUGUGAGUACGCAAACAACAACUGUCACAUCCCAUACCAACUUAACAGCUAAUGUUAGCGAAACAUUUCAGACAAAAGCUUUCAUCAAGAUAGUAUGGGAAAGUGGAACAAGAGAACAGAUGCUACCUGAAAUGUUAGUUACUUUGGGGAAAAUGCUUCUUUGAGGAACCUUAAAACAGAUAGCUGUUGCUGCAUUGAAAUGUAGCAAGCCGAGACCUUUUUUAAUCAAAGAAAUGUACAAAGCUAUUUAUAAUCAAUGUCCCACACUCUGUGCCAAAAAAGAUUUAUCAAUCUUGGCAAAAGUAAAAAAGAAGAUUUAUUGAAUUUUAGUUUCCAGAACCUCAACAAUGAACUGGAAUUAAAGUCACCACUUUUACAUGGAGUUUUAAAAAUUGCCUUUAUCAGCAGGUCAAAGAAGAAAAUUGAUUUAUGGGUGCCUCCAUUGUGCAUGGCUACUGCUAUCUGCAGAACCGUUCAAGUCACGCAACUGCAUUACAAUUGCUGAUAUCAAUCAUAUUCCAACAUUGCAGCUUAACAGUAAGCAUAACUUGUAUAAUUAUUCUUAUCUUAAUUGAAGAUUAAAAUCUGUUUUAGCAGUUGCCAAUUUUUUUAUCAUAAAAAUAAACCUUCAAUAAAAAUUGAUAAUGAUGUCAUAAAUUUUGUUGAUCUUUGUUUCAAUUUUUAAGAUUAAUUUUAUCAAAAAUUGAUGGUUAUUGA